ACAUUUCUGUGGAGAGCUAUACUUUACAAGUUUACAGCAUUUCACCAGUAUUCAGCCAAAAUAAAUGCUUAUACAAUAUGUCAUCAAUAAUGACUUGUUUAGGUUUAGGCAAUUUGAGAAUAUUUAUUAUUAUAAUAUAAUAUAUAUUUUCUCAGGAUCUAGGAUGACAUUGGCUACUAUAUUUACUAUGCAGAACCCCUUUCUCCUCAGCUUCCUUUACAAAAAAAAAAAAAGUCUCUGAUGAGCUAUGCGUGACCACUUCUACAUGAUGUUGAACAGAGACUAGUCAUUGUCACAAAGAGCUGCGAAGAUGCUGUACGUCGUGAGAUACAGUUUUCUUUUGAUCAGUAUUUGUAUAAGAGUGUCAUGGGCAGCCGCAGUGGUGCAAGAUAUGAAUAUUUUAAUCAAAUCUUCUGGGCAUGAUGUCAACAUCGAGUGUGCUACUGAUAAACGACCUCAAGAUGGAGUGUACAUGUACAAACAAGAAGGAGCAAGUAAACCGCAGGAGCUCUUCUACUUUUACAAAGUAGACAUUCUGGCCUUAAAAAAGGCAAACAAAUCCAAAGUCAGUGUCAUUGGAGCACUUCCCAACCUUACUAUCACCCUCUUAAAUGUAACUGCCGAAGACAUUGGGCUUUACUGGUGUGAAUUUAAUUUGGAAGAAAAAAAUACUGUUGGCAAGUUCACUUGGUUAUGGAUAGAAAAAGAAAAGGAAAAAGAAAAAGAAAAGGAAAAAGAAAAAGAAAAAGAAAAGGAAAAAGACUGCCCAGAAGAUGUUUUUCCUUGUGUGAAUAUCUUCCUCAUUUUGUUUGCUGUCAUCCUACUGUGCAUCAUUGGUAUCUGCUGUUUGAUUCUUAAGAUGAAGGGCUGUUGGGGGAACAAGAAAUACACACCAACACAUCCACCCUCAGAGUCAGUUUAUGAAGAGAUGAAACGGAGCAAUUUAAACGCCCAGCCCUGUUCACGGACAUUCAUCAACCCGGACUAUCAAUCUUCCAAGCAACUUCAAUAAAUACUUAUGAUUGAUAAGGCUUUAUGUUGUUUUACUGUCUAUUUGCAUUGGCAAAGCUUUCAAAUGAAAUAUGUCUUAAUAUUUGAAUUCUUAUGUACCUUGUGUAUAAUCAUUGUUUCUGCAGCCUUCUUUCAGUUUAGAAAGUGAGCCAUCAUUCUUUUCAUUUAGUGUGAAUAUCAAGUGAUUAAAUUUAAAAUGCUGUAGAUCAGGGAGAAUUAAAAAUAGUUCAAGUGUUAAGAAUUUUAAAAAAAGAUGCAGCAGUUGAAGAGAGAAAUAUCAAAGACAUCACUUGUGGUUAAGUUUGCAAAUGCAUGUGCAAAGGAACCUAAAGAAUUUUGUGAAGUGCCUGUUAGUUUCAGUAUAAUAAUAUAGGCCAGUGGUGAAAUGACUGAUGGCAUUAAAGUAACAAAUCACAUUUCACUCAUAUUUCGUUCAUAAUAAUGCUAAUCAGAAAAGCCAUUUUAUCUCAUGGCAAACUUGAAGCUAAACACUGCACUGCACCUGUUUGCGUUUGUAUUUUACUGAUGUUCUGAUGUUCAUUUUUCUACUUGGGUUUCGACCUCAUUAACCUUCUUUGCAGUUGUGGUCAUGUUUUCUUCCUCUCUAUAACCUUUCAAAAUGCAUCAAAUGCAUGUUUCUUGUGUUCACUAACAGUGUUAGUAGAGUUUUAAAUAUGCUUUUAUUGUAAAAGUGCUAAAGUAUGUAAGUGUGUUGUUUUACUCAUCAUCCAGCAUGGUUGCAUUUGAAUGUAUUGUAUUUUAUUUAGUAUCUCUUGUCUCUGAAUAUGUUGUAACCCUUAACAUUGUAAAAAAAAACAACAACA